CACUACUAAUCCGGACCGAACCGAUCCGGAUUAAGGGGCCGGAGGCGGGUCCUGGGCACCAGCGGUUCCGACCCCCCCGCCCUCCGCGCCGCACCCGAGUGGCCCCCAGCCGAGCGGGCCCCCACCUCCUGGCCCGGCCUGGGCCCUCCUGCGCCUCCCUUGGCCUUUGUCCGGCGCCAGGAGGCCGGUCCCGCGCCCCCCGCGGCCGCCCGGGCCCGGGCCCGCGUCGGGCGCCUGGCUCUGUACGCGAGCCCGGGGAUCUGCGGCCUUCGUGCCCCCCCUCCCCCGCCCGCCCUCUCGUGGAGCCCGGCGCCGGCGGCGGCUGCCCGGGCGGGGGGUUGCGGCGCUCAGGAGAGGCCCCGGCUCCGCCCCGGGCCUGCCCAGGGGGAGAGCGGAGCGGUCCGCAGCCGGGUCGGGUCGGGGCCCCUCCCGGGAGGAGCGUGGAGCGGCGGCGGCGGCGGCGGCAGAAAUGAUGGAAGAAUUGCAUAGCCUGGACCCACGACGGCAGGAAUUAUUGGAGGCCAGGUUUACUGGAGUAGGUGUUAGUAAGGAAAACUAGAAAAGAGGAAAAAACAAUAAAUAUGCAAGAAGAAAUAAAUACAUUGCAAAACAGAAGAAUGGGAAAUAAUCAAGAGUUGGAAAAUUAGGAAACAAAAGGCAAAAUGAAGGAGAGUACAUCGGAUAUAACAAAAGGGACCACUUAAUAGUGAGUCUUCCAACCAGAGCUUGUGCAGCGUCGGAUCCUUGAGUGAUAAAGAAGUAGAGACUCCCGAGAAAAAGCAGAAUGACCAGCGAAAUCGGAAAAGAAAAGCUGAACCAUAUGAAACUAGCCAAGGGAAAGGCACUCCUAGGGGACAUAAAAUUAGUGAUUACUUUGAGCGACGAGUAGAACAGCCCCUCUAUGGUUUAGAUGGCAGUGCUGCAAAGGAGGCAACGGAGGAGCAGUCUGCUCUGCCAACCCUCAUGUCAGUGAUGCUAGCAAAACCUCGGCUUGACACAGAGCAGCUGGCGCAAAGGGGAGCUGGCCUCUGCUUCACUUUUGUUUCAGCUCAGCAAAACAGUCCCUCAUCUACGGGAUCUGGCAACACAGAGCAUUCCUGCAGCUCCCAAAAACAGAUCUCCAUCCAGCACAGACAGACCCAGUCCGACCUCACAAUAGAAAAAAUAUCUGCACUAGAAAACAGUAAGAAUUCUGACUUAGAGAAGAAGGAGGGAAGAAUAGAUGACUUAUUAAGAGCCAACUGUGAUUUGAGACGGCAGAUUGAUGAACAGCAAAAGAUGCUAGAGAAAUACAAGGAACGAUUAAAUAGAUGUGUGACAAUGAGCAAGAAACUCCUUAUAGAAAAGUCAAAACAAGAGAAGAUGGCGUGUAGAGAUAAGAGCAUGCAAGACCGCUUGAGACUGGGCCACUUUACUACUGUCCGACACGGAGCCUCAUUUACUGAACAGUGGACAGAUGGUUAUGCUUUUCAGAAUCUUAUCAAGCAACAGGAAAGGAUAAAUUCACAGAGGGAAGAGAUAGAAAGACAACGGAAAAUGUUAGCAAAGCGGAAACCUCCUGCCAUGGGUCAGGCCCCUCCUGCAACCAAUGAGCAGAAACAGCGGAAAAGCAAGACCAAUGGAGCUGAAAAUGAAACGUUAACGUUAGCAGAAUACCAUGAACAAGAAGAAAUCUUCAAACUCAGAUUAGGUCAUCUUAAAAAGGAGGAAGCAGAGAUCCAGGCAGAGCUGGAGAGACUAGAAAGGGUUAGAAAUCUACAUAUCAGGGAACUAAAAAGGAUACAUAAUGAAGAUAAUUCACAAUUUAAAGAUCAUCCAACGCUAAAUGACAGAUAUUUGUUGUUACAUCUUUUGGGUAGAGGAGGUUUCAGUGAAGUUUACAAGGCAUUUGAUCUAACAGAGCAAAGAUACGUAGCUGUGAAAAUUCACCAGUUAAAUAAAAACUGGAGAGAUGAGAAAAAGGAGAAUUACCACAAGCAUGCAUGUAGGGAAUACCGGAUUCAUAAAGAGCUGGAUCAUCCCAGAAUAGUUAAGCUGUAUGAUUACUUUUCACUGGAUACUGACUCGUUUUGUACAGUAUUAGAAUACUGUGAGGGAAAUGAUCUGGACUUCUACCUGAAACAGCACAAAUUAAUGUCGGAGAAAGAGGCCCGGUCCAUUAUCAUGCAGAUUGUGAAUGCUUUAAAGUACUUAAAUGAAAUAAAACCUCCCAUCAUACACUAUGACCUCAAACCAGGUAAUAUUCUUUUAGUAAAUGGUACAGCGUGUGGAGAGAUAAAAAUUACAGAUUUUGGUCUUUCGAAGAUCAUGGAUGAUGAUAGCUACAAUUCAGUGGAUGGCAUGGAGCUAACAUCACAAGGUGCUGGUACUUAUUGGUAUUUACCACCAGAGUGUUUUGUGGUUGGGAAAGAACCACCAAAGAUCUCAAAUAAAGUUGAUGUGUGGUCAGUGGGUGUGAUCUUCUAUCAGUGUCUUUAUGGAAGGAAGCCUUUUGGCCAUAACCAGUCUCAGCAAGACAUCCUACAAGAGAAUACGAUUCUUAAAGCUACUGAAGUGCAGUUCCCGCCAAAGCCAGUAGUAACACCUGAAGCAAAGGCGUUUAUUCGACGAUGCUUGGCCUACCGAAAGGAGGACCGCAUUGAUGUCCAGCAGCUGGCCUGUGAUCCCUACUUGUUGCCUCACAUCCGAAAGUCAGUCUCUACAAGUAGCCCUGCUGGAGCUGCUAUUGCAUCAACCUCUGGGGCGUCCAAUAACAGUUCUUCUAAUUGAGACUGACUCCAAGGCCACAAACUGUUCAACACACACAAAGUGGACAAAUGGCAUUCAGCAGCGGGUUUGGAACAUAGCGAAUCCGAAUGGAUCUGAUGAAACCUGUACCAGGUGCUUUUAUUUUCUUGCUUUUUUCCCAUCCAUAGAGCAUGACAGCAUCGAUUCUCAUUGAGGAGAAACCUUGGGCAGCUCCGGCCAGGCCUUGUAGGAAAAGGCCCCGCCCGAGGUUCCAGCGUCAACGGCCACUGUGUGUGGCUGCUCUGAGUGAGGAAAAAAUUAAAAAGAAAAACUGGUUCCAUGUACUGUGAACUUGAAAACAUGCAGACUCAGGGGGGUCCCUGAUGCAGUGCUUCAGAUGAAGAAUGUGGACUUGAAAAUACAGACUGGGCUAGUCCAGUGUCUAUAUUUAAACUUGUUCUUUUCUUUUAAUAAAGUUUAGGUAACAUCUCCUGAAAAGCUUGUAGCACAAAGGCUCAGCUGGGGAUGGUGUUUGACUUCGGAGGAAAAAAGUUGCUAUUGCCCGUUAAAGGCACUAGAGUUAGUGUUUUAUCCCUAAAUAAUUUCAAUUUUUAAAAACAUGCAGCUUCCCUCUCCCCUUUUUUAUUUUUGAAAGAAUACAUUUGGUCAUAAAGUGAAACCCGUAUUAGCAAGUACGUGGCAAUGUUCAUUCCAAUCAGAUGCAGCUUUCUCCUCCGUCUGGUCUCCUGUUUGCAAUUGCUUCCCUCAUCUCAGUAGGGAAAAAAUUGAGUGGGAGUACUGAGAUGUGUGGGUUUUUGCCAUUGGACAAAGAAUGAGGUUAGAAGACUGCAGCUUGGAGUCUCUCUAGGUUUUCAACUAUUUCUUCACAAUUUGAACACUUGACGGUUGUCCCUUUUAAUUUAUUUGAAGUGCUAUUUUUUUAAAUAAAGGUUCAUCUGUCCAUGCAGUCCUCUUGGAUUCUCUGAAUGUAGUAACUAUGAAGCUAUGCCAAAGGUAGGCAGAAAAUGGGCUUGGGAGCCAGACACUCCAGGGAUCAGUAGUUCCUACCCAUAGUCUUUGUGUGCUUGCUAAAUGGUGUACAUUUCUUGUUAACCACGUUAUUAAAACUUGAUCAGCACAUAA